UGAUUGGCUGCUUCAGUCCACACCGCCUUCUCCAUUCCUGUGGCCUCCCUUCCUCCUCUUCCUUCCUUCCCUUUUUUGAACUGGAACGCUUUCUUGUCGGGGGGAUGUGGUGCCGCCAGCUUCGAAGAGGCCCGCUUUCUCUGGGCUCAGGCAGCAAUUUCAGGGCGCAGUCUGCUUUAGCGCAGCUCAAGCACGUCCUGGAGGGAGAGCUUGAAGGCAUCCGAGGGGCCGGGACGUGGAAGAGCGAGAGGGUGAUCACAUCGAAGCAAGGGCCGCAUAUUCGCGUUGAAGGCAGCCGAGGAGAUAUCUUGAAUUUCUGUGCCAAUAAUUACCUUGGUCUCUCCAGUCACCCUGAAGUGAUCAAAGCUGGACUGAAUACCCUGGAGAAAUAUGGAGCUGGCCUUAGUUCUGUCCGCUUCAUCUGUGGAACACAAGAUAUACAUAAGGACCUGGAGGAGAAGAUUGCUCGUUUCCAUUGGAGAGAAGAUGCCAUUCUCUAUGCCAGCUGCUUUGAUGCCAAUGCUGGAAUCUUUGAGGCCUUACUAACCCCAGAGGAUGCCGUCCUUUCUGAUGAACUGAAUCAUGCCUCCAUCAUUGAUGGGAUCCGGCUCUGUAAGGCCAAUAAAUAUCGGUACAAGCACAUGGACAUGCAAGAUCUGGAAAGCAAGCUGCAGGAUGCGCAAGAAUAUCGCCUGCGGUUGGUGGCCACUGAUGGUGCUUUCUCCAUGGAUGGUGACAUUGCCCCCUUGAGGGAAAUUUGUAACCUGUGCAAGAAAUACAAUGCCAUUGUUUUUGUUGACGAGUGUCAUGCCACUGGAUUCCUUGGGCCCAAUGGAAGGGGCACAGAUGAGCUCUUGGGUGUGAUGGAUCAAGUCACUAUCAUCAACUCAACCCUGGGGAAGGCACUUGGAGGAGCAGCAGGUGGCUACACAACAGGCCCCAAAGCACUAAUUGACCUUCUGCGCCAGCGAUCUCGCCCUUACCUCUUCUCCAAUAGCUUGCCUCCUGCUGUUGUGGGCUGUGCUUCGAAAGCUCUGGAUCUGCUCAUGAAGAGCAAUGCCAUUGCACAGUCCAUGGCUGCCAAGACUAAACGGUUCCGAAGCAAGAUGGCCUCAGCUGGAUUCACCAUUUCAGGAAAUAAUCACCCAAUUUGUCCUGUGAUGCUGGGAGAUGCCCGGCUAGCUUCAACAAUGGCUGAUGACAUGCUGAAGAGAGGCAUCUAUGUCAUCGGCUUCAGCUACCCUGUGGUGCCCAAGGGGAAGGCACGGAUUCGUGUACAGAUCUCAGCUGUUCACAGUGAAGAAGAUAUUGAUCAGUGUGUGGAGAGCUUUGUUGAAGUGGGCCGGAAACAUGGGGCCUUGCCCUGAAUGGCUGGAAAAUCUAGGCUUUUCUUUCAAACCCUAAGGAUGGAAACUGUUUUCUUUUUCCUCAGAAGGGAAGGAAGUUUGAAAUGGGGAUCAUUGCUCAUGGUGAAUUCACUUACCUCAUUUUCAUCACUAGUUGUUUCCAAAAGCUCAUUGAGGCUAAUGUGCCAAUGGCCAAGAGAAAUGUACAUACAGUACAGAAAGUGGCGCAUCAGACUACUCUGCUCUUUUUUUAAAAAUGCCUGUCUCCAGUGUUGGGCAUUCUUCCUCUACUCAAGAAAGACCAUGUUAGGACCAAUGUCUGGAAGACUGAAUAAUAAUAAAGGCAAUUUUGAGACUGGC